AUGUCUUCAAAUCAAAAUUCUGGUACACCUGUAGCAGGCGGUGGUAACAAUGCUCAGGGACCACCAACGCAACAGUUGACACCUGAUUCCGUCCAGCAUUUGGCAAUACGAUACCAACAAUAUUUCAAAGAAGCACACAGGCUAGGCCCCACAACACCCCAAGGCCAGGAAUUGUUGAGAAGAGCUUCCAAAAUCAAGGCCAUGUAUGUUGCGUACAACAGACAGAACCAACAAGCAGCCCAAGGUGCUGUUUUGGGAGCUGGUGGGCAAUCUGGAGGCGCUGAUAAUAGCACAGCUUCACCAACAGCUUCACAGGCUUCAAAUGGGACCCCUACCAACAACCCGAUGACACGUAAUAUACAGAGCUUGCUAACCCCGCAACAAAAUGAAGCGUAUGGUAAACUCAUGCAGGCUUUCAAUGAAAACGGCGAGAAAAUCAAGGGCGAGUACGGAUAUCUGAAGAAACAGAUCGAAAUCUUGGAAGAGGAAAUCAAGAAGAGACAAAACAAUCCGGCCAUGGUGAAGCAGCUGGAGAGCAACAAGGCUGAAAUACUCAACAAGUUGACGGGCUUUGGUGUCUCUUAUCAGGCAUUGAAUCGCAAGCUUCGCGAGGACAAGAAGAAUUUCUACAUUGAAUGUGCUGCUUCGAAUCCACAUCUCAAACGAUUUCUACAGGCAUCGAGCCAACAACAACGUGCCAAUGCUGCUAACGCGUCAAGCGGCAACUCACCAGCAGCCUCAGCCAGCGGUGCGGUGAAUGCAAAUAGUCCGGCCCAGCAGCCUGUCGUGCAACCAACGCAGGCUCACCAACAGGCUCAACAAGAGGUAAAAGACACUCCUGUACAACAGAAAUCUGACGUCAACAGUCGGUCUCCCACUCAUGUGACCUCUGUUAAUGCCGCUGCACAUCUGGCCAACACGGUCAGUCCCGCUAGCAGGCAGGCCAUUUUCAAGCAACCGAAUCCCUUGGUUCCGAUUUCAGAAAAUGUUACACAGAAGACACCCACUCCUGUGGUGCAUCGAUCCAACCGCCCCACCAUCACCGGUGGCAGUGCCAUGAAUGCUGCUGCACUCAACACUCCUGUGAUGACCAAAUUGCCUCCAUACGAGAUAGAUAACGAAAGGGUUAUGUCCAAAAGAAAGUUGCGUGAGCUUGUCAAGUCGGUCGGAGUUGACGAAGGUGACGGUGAGACCACUAUUGAUGGAGAUGUGGAGGAAUUGUUGCUUGACUUGGCAGAUGACUUCAUCACGAACGUGACAAGUUUUGCUUGUCGUCUUGCCAAACACAGGAAAUCUGACAAUCUGGAUGUUCGUGACAUUCAGCUACAUUUAGAAAGAAACUGGAACAUUCGUGUCCCUGGAUAUGCUGCUGAUGAAGUCAGAAGCACCAGAAAGUGGAACCCUACAACCAGCUACAACCAAAAAAUCCAAGGCAUCAAUAAUGCCAAAGCUGCCAAGACAGCUAAUGCAGCUCAGGCUAUGGCAGCUCAAACCGUAAGCGGAAAUUCGGGAAAUAAACCACACUCACUUUCAUGA